UUAUAAUUAAUAUUUGAGCUCAACAAGAUGGCAAAGGAACUAAAAGAAAUGGGCUUCUCUGAGUUUAACCACAACCAGAACAAUGGAGGGCUAGAUACAGAUGAAAAACCAGAGGAUUUCAAUGACAUCAAGAUUGAUCUUGGACAAAACCAAGCUGAAUAUGGUGACCAAAAAUUACAAAUGAAUGGUAAAGGAAAUCAAAAAGCAGAGGGAAGACAUAGCGUACCUUCAAACGAUAAUAUCAACGGUGAAGACAACGAUCAGGAAAACUUCAAUCAAGCUCGGCUCAACCAAAGAGCUGACAGGUGUUGCAACUGUAUUCAUAUUGAUUAUUACCAGCAGUACUUUGAUGUCACCACCCAGGAUGUGUUACAGAGGCUUAUAUUUUCAUUAAUCCCCAUAAAGCCAAAACUUGAGCAAGCUAUAGGGGAUAAUCCAGAGUUCUAUGGGCCCUUCUGGAUCUACACAACCUUAAUCUUCCUCCUUGCUUUUGCUGAAAACCUUCAUAACUUCAUAGAAGUUGGAUAUGAUGAAUUUGAGUAUGAUUUCAAAAAUUUCCCUCCCUCAUUGAUCGUCGUUUACGGAGUAGGGUUUGGUGCACCACUCGUUCUUAGCUUACUAAUGAAGUGGCUGAGUGAUAUCGAGAUGAAAUUCAAAGAAAUCACAUGUAUCUACGGCUACUCAUUCACAAGUAUCUGACUCUGUGUCCUCAUAUGCUCAUUACCAAUUGAUAUUCUACAGUGGAUUGCUGUCAUAGCAGCUUUAUUUGUCAACAUUGGUGUCCUUUUCCUAAAUCUUAAUGCUGAGUUGAGCAAGAAUGCCCCAAAGCUCAAGUGGAUCCUUGUAACAGGAAUCUGAUUGCUUCAGAUCGCCCUAGUAUUGAUCUUCAAAAUUAAAUUCCUACACAUGAUUAAGGCUGACUAACUUCUAAGAAUUCCUUGUAUAAUUAUUUAAGACAUCCAUUUUCUCUUUUCAUUA